AGUGGAGUUUAAGUUGGUGGUUUUGAUGCAACUGUUCUUCCAGACGGUCAGUGAAGGGGUCCUUAUGGUGCAUUUGAGGUCUCGUUGUUUCCCAUCAGCAGGAAGUGAUGUCCGCUGACUGACUGGGACUCCUCAGGUGUCUCCUGGAUCAGUCCAGGUCCAGGAUCAGAACCACAUGAGUAAACUGGUUCAGUUUUUAUCAGCAAAGGGUUUUGUUGUUUCAGAGACGUAGAAACGGUCACAUUGCCUCUUCACACUGCCGCCGUCCUGUACGUCUCUUCAAGGCUUCAGAUCAGGUGUUACAUCAACCUGAGUCCAGGUGCUCAUAGAGGACGCUGCUGGCUGUCACCAGGACACAUUACAGUUCAGGAUGUUCGGACUCUGUGAGUUUAUGAUCUACUACACUUGGUUCAUCGUCCUUUCGUCUCAGUACCAAAACUACCUCAUGAAUCCUGCAGCCUCUGAAAUGACUGAUGCUCAUCUUCAGCACACUUGGGCUUGAAGGCUGGAACUGCCUGAAGCAGUCCUGAUACUCCUCAAGCACCUUAGAGCCGUCUGACACACCCCUGGAAUGUCCUUAAGAAAACCUGGAACCACCUCAUGCACUUAUGGAACCUAGUCAGGCGCCAGUGGAACCUCCUCCAGAACCUGAGCCCCUCUCAUGGAAGCUCUUCAAGCACCCAUAGAAACGUCUAAAGAACCCUGGAACCUCCUGAAGCAACCUGGAAUAUCUUCAAGCACCCCGUAAUGUAAUGUCUGUUUGCACCCCCGUCUUCCUCUGAAGAAUCCUGAGAGACCCUCUUCAGCCCCCUAGUCAAGCCCCUUUAACCUCAAUCCAAGCAGCCCAAAAACACCUCCAACCUUCUCUCUUUCCUGCUAAAGAACCGUCACCUGGACAGAUCUCCUGUAGGGGCCACGGUCCCCCCCAACAUCCAAGACAUGGAGCUGAGGGAGGAGUGGCAGGACGACGGCUUCCCCAGGCCUCUCCCAGAGGACUGUGGGAGUCCAGAAGAGACACAGAGCCCAUCAGGUGCUGAGCAGCGACCAGCCCCGCCCACCAGCCUUGCUCUAUCAGGAACAGUUGGGGGCGGGGCUAAGAGGCGUCUGGUGGCCCCCUCUCUCAGUGUCACUCUGAGCCGCAGAGACUCUCACGACGGCUUCUCUGCCGCCGCGCUGUCGGCGACGCCGGACGAGACGCCGUCUCUCGACAUCAACCUCGAGGCCCUGGAGACGCCGUCAGGCAGCGAGACGGGAACCCUGCCGGACAGCGCGCACGAGCUGGAGUGGGAGGAUGACCUCCCCCGGAUGGCGCGGGGCGGGCUCAGGGCUGUGGCCAGGAGUCCGUUGGAGCAGUCAGAGGGUCUAAUGGAGCUGGACCAGGUGGACAGCAGGGGGCGUCGCUGGAGGAGGUUCUGCAUCUCCGGACACGAAUAUCACGUCAACAUGAGCGUCCUGGAGCCGUACCUUCAGGUCCUGUCACACGGAGGUUACUACGGAGAUGAGAUGAACGCCAUCAUCCUGUUCACCUCCUGCUACCUGCCAGAGAACACGGUGGAGGACUACGAGUAUGUCAUGGACAACCUGUUCAGGUACAUUGUGGGGACAUUGGACCUGAUGGUUUCAGAGAACUACCUGCUGGUCUACCUGUGUGCUAUGGCUCCCAGAAACAAACUACCGGCCAUCAAAUGGCUUCACCAGUGCUACACGUCCAUCGACAGGAGGCUGAAGAAGGACCUGAAGGGGCUGCUGGUCGUCCAUCCUGCAUGGUACAUCAAAGCUCUCAUCACCGUGGUCAAACCCUUCAUCAGUGAGAAGUUCAGCAGGAAGAUUCGGUUCAUCCAGAGUCUGCAGGAGCUGUCUCAGGUCAUCCCCACAGAUAGACUGCAGAUCCCAGAUGCAAUACGCCACUUUGAUGAGAAGUUGAACAGAUGACGAUCACAGACUCUUAGAGUUUGGCAGACUGGAUGAAUCCUCAAGGACGAAGGUCAUCAGGAACCUCUAAGCCAGAUGACCUUUGACUUCUUUCCUGUACAGAAAAAAAGGUUUAUUUAUACAGUCUGUCUGUGAAUCAGGGGAUGGUAAGUUAAACAUCUGGUGCUCCUGCAGCUUCAGACUCAUUUCACCCCCAAACUGCACAGAAAAUCUGCUGGAUUCUAGUUUAAUUACUCUCCUGAUAGUCCUGCUCUGGUCAGGACCCUUGUUCCUGUCAGGACUCCCGUUCCUGCCAGGAACAGGACCUGGUGCCUCCUGCUCCUGCUGGGACUCUGGUUCCUGCUAGGAUUACAGUUCUUGUUGGGACUCCUGUUCCUACAGCUGGGAACAAACGUCUCAUUUUAAAUCUCAUACUCUGUGUGGACACUGUUGCAGGAAAUCAUUGUGUGUCCUCAAAUGAAGCUAAUAUCUGAUUCAGGACUGUAAAUGUAAGCAGGGACACUGAAAACUGAACAAACCGCAGCUAUGCUGAAAAUGAAUAAAGUAAAUAAUGUCAGUUUGAGGAAUUUUCCUCUAAAGUUCUGGAGUUUGUGUUUAUUGUUCACAAUCAUCUCAAAUGUAUUAAGUUUGCAGAUGGAGGUUGAAGGAUUUCUUGUUCACGUCAAUACAGUCGGUUUAAUCACAGCAGCUGAACACGAGUAAAGUAACAGCACACUGAACCAGUGGUUUUAAACCUUCUUAACAAAAUCACACCGGCUAAACGUAAUAACAGUGUGACGAUGAGUCUAACUGCUGUUUUGUUAAAGCUCUGCUCCUCUCACUGUUAUUGUAAGUUAGUUUCUUUAUUAGCAUUGUUUUUAUAUCACAACUGUUGUGCACACAAGAUGAAAAUAUGUGUAAAUUUCUCUUCACAUCAAUAAAAUCAGGACGGUUCUGGAAGCAGGCAGAACGACACCGAUCACUUCACCACAAUUAUGUAAAAUUAAACUUGAUUCUAGAAAAACAAGUUUGUAUUGGACACAGCUAAAAUCCUGUGAAGUCACUGGCUGGAGGUUAUUUUUCAUUUAAGAAAAAAUCUGAUUAGAGAAUUGAGGAACAAACUGAAUAUCUGUUCGAAUGUGCCCUUUUCUCCGUCUGAUGACUGAACUGAGAUCAGCAGAGGGUGGUCCCCCCCGACCUCACCAGCCAUCAUGUGCUUUCAUGAACACUUCAUAGAACUUUUAUAACCUAUUCCACUUUUUGUUUUCACAUUAAAUUUAUUCUUCAGUUGUUUUUGAAUAUUUUUUAAUAUCCUCUUCAACUAUCUGAGUGGAUCUCGUGUAUAUUUUGCUUUCCCCGCUCUUCAGACUCCAUGUUUUUAGAGAAAAAUUCAUUUUAUACAUGUUUUCCUAAAAUUCAGCCUGACAGAUUUGUGAUCUUUGGACACUUUAAGAUCUCUAGAAUUUAAAAUAAAGUUCUUCAGGUUAAAAACAAUGAAGUAAUUAAAUUCCACAUUUACAGACGCUGCUGUAGAAAAUAACUGCACUUCACACCGUUCUUCACUGUAACUUAUCCAAACCAACCAUGUGCAAUUUUUGUUUUAAUCCUUGUGCAAUUUAUCAAUAUUUCUUAAUACUGUCCAUUGGCAAUAUAUUUUUAUGGUCUUUUGUAUGACACUUCCCCAGCUCGGGAUUAAUAAAGUUCAGUUUAUCUUAUUGUAACUCAAUGUUUAACAAACAGCUAAUGCUAAAAGGUCCCAGGCCGUGAUACCAUGUGACAGACUGAGGCUAAUGCUAACAGGUCCAAGGUUAUGAUAUCAUGCUAACAGACUGAGGCUAAAGCUAAAAGAACAGGUUGUGAUAUCAUGCUAACAGACUGAGGCUAAUGCUAACAGGUCCCAGGAUAGGACAGCAUGCUUACAGACUGAGGCUAAUGCUAACAGGUCCAAGGUUAUGAUAUCAUGCUAACAGGCUGAGGCUAAAGCUAACAGGACGCAGGUUGUGAUAUCAUGUUAACAGACUGAGGCUAAAGCUAACAGGACCCAGGUUGUGAUAUCAUGCUAACAGACUGAGGCUAAAGCUAACUGGUAAAAAAUAUUAUGGUAUGAUAACCUCAUUGUUCUUAUAUAACUACUAUUGUUACUUACUAUCAUAGGUAGGCAGCUAGUUAGCAGGACAUGCUAAACAGCAGCUUACAUUACAUAGAGCAAAUAAACAGACCAUUUUAUUAGUUCCUGACACUUUUGUUCUCCUGUUGUUGGUUUUGAAAAGAAAUCAUUUCUCUU